UGGAUACUAAUAAUUUUGACUUUUGAAGAAGCCAACCAUUGGCAUUGACGCAAAAUUUCUGUGCUUUUUUAUCCACUCGUAAAAACCGCGUACUAUAAGGCGCUAACGGGCCAUUGACUUAGAAGAUUACUGUAACACCCAUAUCUUGAAUGCUAUGGUUGAUCAAUGGGGAAAAUUGCUCUGUUUUAACCUCUCAAGCCAUUCAAAUUCAAAUAAUGUUUUAGGGUGAAGAUAUGGUGGAUGCAGUAGUCACUGUAUUCUUAGAGAGGCUAUUGAAUACCUUAGUAGAGGAGGGGCGUGUGGUGAAUGAAUUCAGGGACCGAUUUGAGAACUUGCAGAAGGAACUUGAAUUAAUGCAAAGUGUCCUUAAAGAUGCAGACAAGCGAAAAAGGAAGGAUGGAACUCUGCACACUAUCAUGGGCAAUUUACGGGAACUGAUUUAUGAAGCUGAAGAUAUACUGGCAGAUUGCCAACUUCAAUCAAGGGAAGAUGACAGGUUGUCUAAUGGCUGGCUAACAUGCAUCCAUCCGCCAAACCUUCAUUUUCAAUAUAAAACUGGAAAGCGGCUGAGGGAGAUUAAUGAGAAAAUCACUAAAAUUAAGCAAGACAUAUCCUAUCUUGAUCUGUCGAACAGCAACCAAAUGGGUAGAAGGGAUGCACACAAUGACCAGAUGUCUCGUUGGAGCUCUCCUGUUUACGACCAUACUCAAGUGGUCGGAUUGGAAGGUGACACACAAAAGAUAAAGAAUUGGCUUUUUGAAGCAGAUGAUGGCAUUUUAGCAAUUGGUGUUGUUGGUAUGGGUGGAUUGGGAAAGACCACAAUUGCUCAAAAGGUCUUUAAUGACAGAGAAAUAGAUGAUCACUUUGAAAGAAGAAUGUGGAUAUCUGUCUCCCAGACACUUGAUGAAGUGCAAAUCAUGAGAAGUAUGCUGAGGAACUUGGGAGAUGCAAGUAUAGGAGAUAACCAGGGUGAAUUAUUGAAGAAAAUAAACCAAUAUCUUUUAGGUAAGAGAUUCUUGAUUGUUAUGGAUGAUGUGUGGGGUUUGGAUGUCAAUUGGUGGCGCAGAAUCUAUGAAGGCUUGCCUAAGGGAAAUGGAAGCAGCAUUAUCAUUACUACAAGGAUUGAGGAAGUUGCAAGAAAGAUGGGUGUCACUGAAGUGCGUAUCCACCGGCCAAAGUUCCUUAGCAAGGAUGAUAGUUGGUUGCUAUUUAGGAAGAUUGCUUUUGCAGCAACUGGAGGUGAAUGCAGGCAUCCUGAGCUGGAAAAUGUUGGAACAGAGAUUGUACAGAAAUGUAAGGGUCUUCCCCUGGCCAUUAAGGCAAUUGGAGGCCUAUUGCUUUACAAAUCGCAUUAUCAUGAGUGGAGGCAGAUCGCAGGCAACUUUCGAGACGAAUUGGCAGAAAAUGAUGACUCUGUGAUGGCAUCGUUACAAUUGAGCUAUGAUGAGUUGCCGCCAUAUCUGAAGUCAUGUUUUCUCAGUUUCUCUCUUUACCCAGAGGAUUGCGUUAUAAAGAAAGAGCAGUUGGUUCAUUGGUGGAUUGGAGAGGGGUUUGUCCCAUUGAGAAUUGGUAGAUCAUCAACUGAAGCUGGGGAAGGUUGUUUCUCAGGGUUAACAAAUCGAUGUUUGGUGGAAGUUGUUGACAAGACUUACAAUGGAACUAUUGCCACUUGCAAGAUUCAUGAUAUGGUUCGUGAUUUGGUAAUCAAGAUGGCUGGAGAUGAUGCAUUCUUUAAACUUAACGGUAUAGGCUGCCGUCAUCUAGCAAUUUGUAGUAAUAUGGAUCAGAAGAAACUUACUGCCAAUCAAAAGUUACGGGCAUUGUUGUCCACAACCAAGACUGGUGAAGUUAACCGAAUUGUAUCAAGCAUUGCAAACAAGUUUAGCGAGUGCAAAUACUUGAGAGUUUUGGAUCUUUGCAAAUCAAUCUUUGAAGUGCCUCUCACAAAUCUACUAUAUCAGAUUGGGGAUCUUCAACACUUAACAUAUCUUAGCUUAAGCAAUACCCAUCCUUUGAUUGAACUCCCACCUUCUCUAGAGAAGCUUAAAAACCUUCAGAUUUUGGAUAUGAGCUAUUGCCAAAAUUUGAAAAUGCUGCCGCCUUAUCUCAUAACCUUUAAGAAGCUCAGAGUCUUAGAUGUAAGCCACUGUGGUUCACUUGAAUACUUGCCAAAAGGCUUGGGAAGGCUUUCAAAUCUUGAAGUUCUGAUGGGAUUUAGACCUUCUAGAUUAGGUCAAUUAGGCGGCUGUCGGAUUGCUGAACUCAGAAAUUUGACCCGACUGAGGACUCUAAGCUUACAUCUGACACAGGGUGAUGAGAUUGAAGAUAAUGAAGUUAAUGCGUUGGUGAAUCUCCAGGAACUUGAACACCUGACUAUAAGUUGCUUUGAUAGCCAAGGUAAUGACCUUAUUGGAAAACUUGAUAGACUCUAUCCUCCACCAGAAAUCUAUGAGCUUUCACUCGCAUUUUAUCCGGGCAAGAUGAGUCCUGUCUGGCUCAAUCCUAUCUCACUUCCUAUGUUAAGAUAUCUUUCAAUCUCUUCGGGGAAUCUUGCGCAGAUGCAUCAAAGCUUUUGGGGGGAGGAUAACAGUGUGUGGAAAAUUGAGGCCUUGCUGCUGGAAUCUCUCUCAGAAUUGGGCAUGGACUGGUCAAUGAUACAAAAUGUGAUGCCAUCUUUGAGGAUUGUGAACUCUAGUUGGUGUCCUGAUUUAUCAGCUUUUCCUAUUGAGGAAAUUGGAUUUAGAGGGGGUGUAUGGACAAAGGAAGAGCAGAGGAACUGAUAAAAAACCAGUGCCAAGUAACAGAAGUUUCAGGGGAAUAAACCACCAGAUUUGAAGAGGGGAGGUCUAUUAGAAGUUCUUGUAUGUCCACUUUCUAAGCAACCCUUAAGAAUUUGUGAAGAAACUAUUUCUCUUAUCAGUAAUGCAAUUGAGUUCUUAUCCUAUAAAAGAUGGGAUUCCUUGCUUGGUUUCAAUGGAUAGCAAGGUUCUUGAAACUGAUGAUGAGACAAAACUAAGAUUCUGUUGCUACUGAUUCAUCUGUGACAAAGCUAUGAGGUAGUCAAUAAAGCUCAAGUUAUUGAAGUGUUAUGUAACUUGACAGGAACUACUUUUGUUGGGUUUGUUUGAUUGUGGUAAACUGUUCUUUCCAUCAGAGGAAGACUUUGUUUUUUCUUCCUUCAAAUAUAUCUGCAAGGAACUGUACAUAUCAGGGGUGAUUAGGAUGUGUGACCCUGUACAAGUUGCUAGUUGUGCUAUGGCUUUCGCUGAGAGGGAGAUAGCUACCUUCUCCAAGCAGAGUUUGCUGCU